GAAAUCGCAAAGAGGCGACCAAGAAAGAAAAUACAAAGAAGGAAAAAUUAGAAAGGCGUUUCAAGUUCUUGCUGGUUUUGGGGUUCUUCGAUUGCUAGGGUUUUUCUGCACUUUGUUUUUUUUCUUUUCUUUUAUUUAAGGAAGAGGAUCCGAGAAUCUUAAACCCUAAUGGCCUCGCAAGGACAGGGAAGUAUUGACUCCGCUGUACUGGACGACAUAAUUAGACGGCUCACCGAAGUCCGAUCGUCUCGUCCGGGCAAGCAAGUUCAGCUGUCUGAGAAUGAGAUCAAACAACUUUGUGUUGCUUCCAGAGAGAUUUUUAUCCAGCAGCCCAAUUUGCUCGAGCUUGAAGCCCCUAUCAAAAUUUGCGGUGACAUUCAUGGGCAGUACAGUGAUUUACUAAGGCUUUUUGAGUAUGGAGGUUUUCCUCCUAGUGCCAAUUAUCUGUUUUUAGGAGACUAUGUGGACCGUGGCAAGCAAAGCUUAGAAACAAUAUGUCUCUUGCUUGCCUAUAAGAUCAAAUUCCCUGAGAACUUUUUCCUUUUAAGAGGAAAUCAUGAAUGUGCUUCAAUUAAUAGGAUAUAUGGGUUUUAUGAUGAAUGUAAGCGACGGUUUAAUGUGAGACUCUGGAAGGCGUUUACUGAUUGUUUUAACUGUCUUCCCGUGGCUGCUCUUAUUGAUGACAAAAUUUUGUGCAUGCAUGGUGGUCUCUCCCCCGAUCUUACAAAUUUGGAUCAAAUAAGAAGCUUAGGCAGGCCAACACCUAUCCCAGACACUGGUUUGUUAUGUGAUUUGCUUUGGUCAGAUCCUUGUAGAGAUGUCAAAGGAUGGGGGAUGAAUGAUAGAGGAGUCUCUUACACCUUUGGUCCUGAUAAGGUGGAAGAAUUUUUAUCCAAGCACGAUCUGGAUCUCGUAUGUCGUGCUCAUCAGGUUGUGGAGGAUGGUUAUGAAUUUUUUGCCGACAGGCAACUUGUCACAAUAUUCUCAGCCCCCAACUAUUGCGGUGAAUUUGAUAAUGCUGGUGCAAUGAUGAGUGUCGAUGAAAACUUGAUGUGCUCUUUCCAGAUUCUAAAGCCUGCAGAGAAAAAAGCUAAUAAGUUCACGAUGACUACAAAAAUGUGAUGGUUGUAGGUUAAUUAUUAUUAGUCGUCAACCAAGGCAUUUGACUCAUUUUCUCUGGAUAAAGUAAUUGUAGAAGAUUGCAAAGCUUCAACACACUAUUGUAUCUGUGAAGUGAAGAAGAAUGGUGCUGCGUUUUCUUCUUUCUCUUUUUUCUUUUUUUUUAUUUUGAUGGUGAAGGGGAGUCCGGGGGGAGGUAUUCAAAAUGGAAAAUGAGGAAGAAUACUGCACAAAAAUGAGUCGAUGGGCCAAAAGACAGGCAGAAACUUCUAUAUUUUCACUGUUGUACUUAAUUUGCAGCACGUUUGUAGUGUAUAAUCGGUUUGACAACACAUACAUCGACUUCUUCCCACUUUGGGCAACAGAUUGGUUCAAUCAUCUCCUCAAGAUUUCAACUUCGCCCAGUUUCCUACUGGAAUCAGCGUUGUUCAUGAA